GCAAUUCCAUCAAGUUUGGGUAGUUUCAAGCCACCACUCUUUGUUCUCACCUCGCAAUGCCAAAAGGCGUCGAGCAAAUUCAUGACGGGGGAAGCGACACUCAGGGAAGCUCCCAAAGAGAAAGAGUAAUCCAAGCGGCCGAGGGUCCUUCUCUUCGGCCUAGGGAAGACGGUCGACCCAAGUACGACGAGUCCAACGAUAUUGACACUGAAGCCUCUUCUACCGUUUAUGAAGCUGGAGAUGAGCUCAUGGGAUCUCAAGGAGAUGUUUCAUCCCCAUCAUCAGGCGUCAGGGAAGGCGAGUGUCCUCGGACGUUGCGUUCCCGCCCGGCUAAGCAGGAGCCGGCGGACUCAGCGGAACAGAUUCGAGGUUCCCGCGUGAUCAGUAUCAAGACCAGGAAACGGGCUUGCGACGAUGACGGCGAAUUUGAGCUUCCAAGCCCAGCAAAACGUGGCCGGAAGCCUUCAGCCAACACUGAAAUCAAAAGGUUUGACAAGGACCUGCAGAGUAUAUUGGCCAGAUUUACUUCAAAGGCACAAGACUCCGAAUCUCUGAGCUCCGAAGUCCGCGAGUUGGAAAGACAAGUCAAAGGGCUUGAAGUCAAGCUUGACAAGGCACAGAACGCCUACAAAGAGGCUAGAAUGCUGCUGAAAAAAGAAACUGGUCGGCUACAAGACGAGAAAAAUCAAUUGCAAGUCGAAAACGAUGAACUACAGGAUGCGUAUGAUAAACUGCGAUCAGAAAUCGGGCAGCGGACAACCAAGCUCAUGAUUGCUCUGGAAGAGGCCAAGCGGGACUCUUUGAAUUAUGUCAAAGUAUCGGAUUCCGAAGUUUCAUCCGCGUGGAUGAUGCUGUCGUACAAUGUGCGCGACCUGGUUUCCCAGUGUCUCACUGAGCAACCCAGCAAUCAAGUCCAGAGACUUGCGGCGCUGGUGAAAUGGCACCGAUUUCGCUUCUCAGAAGACGUUCCAUCUUUACGUACAAACAUCCUUCGGAGAGCGAUAUGGAGGACUUUGGUUUCUGCUAUAUUCCGAGGGUAUACACGUAUCUGGCAAGGAGAACUCGGCCAAUACUUGACACAAACCCUGUCUGGAAAUGAUUAUGCCUUCCUCAAAGACCCCCGGUACCCCAAGAUCAUCAGUCAGACUAAGUCGAGAGUAACUGCAGACCUCGAUGAAGACGCUCAUCUGGACCAAGAUAGUCUUCACUCUAAAGUUGAAAGUCUCCACCGAGAGCUGCAAUUUUUCAUACCAGAAUCCAAGGACAGGGAGUUCAGAGACAAGAUGAAGCGGCUCAUUGAACACGCAGUGGGCCUCCAUAUCGUCAUGAUGAAGUCUAAAGCUAUCUUCCUAGUGAAGUGGAUUGGAGACAAUGACGGCACGAAUCUUACCACUUACGAUCCAGCAACCAUGGAUACUACGCUUGGAAACGGAGGCGCCGACGCACACGACUUCUAUGUCAAAUUCGUCGAAGCUCCAGGCUUAGUGAAGAUCGGGAACGCAGAUGGAGAAGACUUUGAUCAGAACAUGGUCCUCUGCAAGUCUCGCGUGAUACUGGGGGACAAAGUGGAUAAGGUGGACUUGGAAUCUGGUUUCUAG